AUGGAGGGAGGUUUUCAAUCCCUGCUACUCGCCGGAAAAUAUGGAGUCGGUGAUGAUAAUUUUUCAGCUCUUGCAAAUUCCGACGAGGCAUACUUCAACAGAGACCUGAGUUUUCAGUCUUUCAAUUUCGACAAAUCAAUGCUUUCGUUGAUGCACUAUCCGUACGGUUCAUCAACACCAGACGCUAAUCUUCAGAGUAGGAAAAUCGGUGAAUGUUCGAAGGAAAAGAGCAAAUGGAGGUGCGUCGAGAGGGAGGAGAAACCUAAAAGGGUGAAAAAUGAACCUUCAAUGGAGCAAUUCAACUUUAGUCCGGCGAUUAUGUACGGUCAAUUACCGGAGCUCCAAUCAGUGGAACAAAUGAGGCAAACGGCCGAGAGGCGUUUCAAACAGUCGUAUUCGCCAAUAGCAACUACUACCAAUCUGCACAUGCUCGAACCAACAUUGUCGCCGUUUCAAUUGACUCCGAACUACAUCACUCCGGUGCCGCUGCGACAGACAAAACCUCCUAUCCCUCCUCCGGCGAAGUUUUCUAAUCGAGAGCAGGCGCGUAGGCGACGUAAUACGCUCAGCGACAAGACGCGGACCUUACAGAAGGUGCUUCCAUGGGACAAGAAGAUGGACACCGCUACGACCUACGAAGAAACCUACAAGUACAUUAAGUUUCUCCAAGCUCAGAUCUCUGCUCUUGAAUCAAUGCCUGUUGCUUCUACUUCCUCCUCACCUCUCGGAUCUGAAAACCCUAGGCAGAUGAUGAAUCAAUACGGCGGAUUGGGGAAAUUGAACAGACAACAACUGUUGGAGACAUCUCCGAGAAGAAUUUCUUCCUCUCCGGUUCUUCUGUUUUCUCUUGAAUCUCUCAUUUUCAAGAAUCCAAUCAUCCGUUUUGGUUGUCAUUUGCAAUUAUCCGGCUCCGGCAGCAGGGUGGAGGUCAGAUUAGGAGUAGUUUGGUUGUUUCUUAUGAUCAGAUUGGGAGUUUUAGCUGUAAAAAAGAGUAUGCAUGAAGUCUCAGUUUAA